UAGUUUGACUUGGAUCGUGAGAAUUUUUGUGCAUGAACCCAACCCAAAAGUGUGGUUUUAUGGUAGUGAAGUCCAAGUUUUCAGUUAAUUUUUAGGAUAUUUUAAUAAUUAAGUAAUUAAAAAUGCAGACCAUCAAGUGCGUGGUGGUUGGCGAUGGAGCAGUGGGUAAAACUUGUUUACUCAUUAGCUAUACGACCAAUAAAUUCCCUUCAGAAUAUGUACCUACAGUCUUCGAUAAUUAUGCUGUUACGGUUAUGAUAGGCGGAGAACCUUAUACACUAGGAUUGUUUGAUACUGCAGGCCAGGAAGAUUAUGACAGACUUCGUCCAUUGAGUUACCCUCAAACGGACGUCUUCUUAGUUUGUUUUUCUGUUGUUAGUCCGUCCUCAUUUGAAAACGUCAAAGAAAAGUGGGUCCCAGAAAUUACACAUCACUGUCAGAAAACUCCAUUUUUGUUAGUUGGAACUCAAGUAGAUCUUCGCGACGAUGGAGCGACUAUAGAAAAAUUAGCUAAAAACAAGCAAAAACCCAUUUCCAUAGAACAAGGCGAAAAAUUGGCCAAAGAGUUGAAGGCCGUGAAAUACGUAGAGUGUUCCGCUUUGACACAGAAAGGUUUGAAGAACGUGUUCGAUGAAGCAAUUCUAGCUGCCUUAGAGCCCCCAGAGCCAGUUAAACGUAAGAAGUGCAUCAUCUUGUAAACCAACAUAUAUCUUCAGAAGAUUCAAGUAUUUUUUAAGGCAAGGACUACAACCAGACAAGAAGUUGUCAUCUUGCUUAUUUAUUGUUAAUCCCGGACUAUCAUUUUGAUUUUAUUUUCUUUGCUUCUAAAGAGUACAAUUUUAAAGAAAUAAUUUGUCUCGUUUCGGACACAUUUUUAAUAAUUUCCAAGCUCAAAUGAGUACAAUUUAUCGCAUGUUAUAUUUUACACCAAAACCAGGUAUAUUUUAAAAUAGUAGUGAAGUGUUGUUUUUCAUUUUGAAAGAAAAUGAAUUUCUGCAGUUGUAAAUUCUUGUUUAUGAAAAAAAAAAGGUGUCAGUAUUACGAUAGGGGAAUGGAUGAAUAGCACAACCUAACUAUUUACUGCCAAAAGGUGUUUUUUCCGCAGUAUAAAUAAGUAUUUAUGAAAGCAGAACUUAACAUUUAACAUAGUAUGUAUUAAUAUAAGUUGUUUUAAAUGUAUUAAAGACGAUACUUGAGCCGAUUCUGUAACGUGUAGCUUCAGUUUUCUUUUCAGUAUGAAUUUCAUUUGUGUAAAAAUGGUGCUAAUACAUUAACAUUUUAAAGGGAUAUAUUUAAAACAAUUUAAAACACAGAUAAGUAUAAAAUCUCAAAAUUUCACGGAAAUGUAUCAAAUAUAAACAUGAGGGACAAUUUCAACAUAUAUAUUUAAUAAUUUUUUACGCUAGUGCAUAAUUGUAUAUAUAUCUUUGUAUGAGUGGUGCAUGGAAUGUGAUGAGGUAACUAUCAGUUGCAUUUAGGUUUCCAGAAUACAAAUUUUUGAAUAAAUUUUUUUCAAAGUUC